ACCCUGGAGCACCCGGCGCCGAGCUGGCAUGUGGGGUGUCCUCCCAAGGGGGUCUCCAGCCUCACCCCUGUGAGCUGGGACAGGCUCCUGCUGCUGUCCCACCCUCAUGGGAGUGCCUGCAUGAGAUGAGGGGGUCACUCCAAAGGCCCCAGAGGAGCUGGAGCUGUGUCCCCCCCGUGCCCUCAUUCGGGAAAUCGCCCUCAUUGCCCUCCUUUGCAGGCCCCUGUGUCCCAAACGCAGCGUGGCUCUGCAGAGGGGCAGAGCUGUGCUCUGUGCUGCUCUCAGGAGCCCAGGGAUGUCCUGUUGGCCCCAAAGCUCAGCCCCAUGAGGAGCAGGGCAGCCCCAGAGCUCUGUCCCUGCUCUCUGCCUGCCAGCACUGCUGCUCUGGGGAGUUUGCAGCCCAGUUUGGGUCAGGGCACUGAAAUCCCAUAUUGUGUUUUCACUGCUGUGUGCAGAGCUGGGCACAGUGUGGGGCUCCCAGUGCUCCCAGUCUGGCCUGUGUUGGUGCCAGUUCAGUGUCCCUGGCACUGGGGCAGAGCUGGCACACUGUGGGGCUCCCAGUGCUCCCAGUUUGGCCUGUGUUGGUGCCAGUUCAGUGUCCCUCCCUCAGGACUCCUUGUGCCCUCUGCUUCCAGGCUGCUCCAGCUUGCCAAGAACAACAGAGGAGCCUCCUGCGGCUGCGGGGCUGCGGGCCAGGCUGGCCCUUCCUCCAGAUCCCACCCUCCUCCUCCUCCUCCUCCUCCUCCCUGCCUGCUGUGCACAGAAGCAGCCCCUCCGAGCAGAGGGCUGAGCAAACAGCGAGCGGCCGGGGCAAUGUCCGGGCCCUGCCCCCUGGCUGACUGAGCACGGCCACCUGGGGACACCGGCACGGCCCCUCAGACGUCACCUGUCCCUCUGUGUGUGGGUGAGGACAAGCAGGGACAUCUCCCGGGACAGCAGGACAUCCCCUGCCAGGCCAUGGCAGCCCAGCCGGCCGAGGGCCAGAAGCCCCAGAAGCCCUUCCACAUCGUUACACCCGUCCUGGAGAGCCUGUCCCUCUCCAAGGCCGCGGGCACCAAGGUCUUCAUGAAGAUGGAGAACGUCCAGCCCUCGGGAUCCUUCAAGAUCCGGGGCAUCGGGCACCUGUGCCAGGCCGCUGCCAGGAAGGGCUGCCGCCACUUCGUCUGCUCCUCAGGAGGGAACGCGGGGCUGGCGGCGGCGUUGGCAGCGCGGGAGCUGGCGGUGCCCAUCACCGUGGUGGUGCCCAGCAGCAGCGGCCCCACCGCCGUGCACAAGCUGCAGGAGCUGGGCGCCACCGUCGAGGUCUACGGCAAGGUGUGGGAUGAUGCCAACAGCAGAGCCCAGGAGCUGGCUAAGACAGAGGGCUGGGUCAUCAUCCCCCCCUUCGACCACCCCUUGGUGUGGGAGGGUCACGCCAGCCUGGUCCGGGAGCUGAAGGACUCUCUGGAGGACAAGCCAGGCGCCAUCGUGGUGGCGGUGGGUGGCGGGGGGCUGCUGGCCGGGGUGGUGGCCGGCCUGCAGCAGGUGGGCUGGCAGGAUGUCCCCGUCAUCGCCGCCGAGACGCUGGGCGCUCACAGCUUCCACGAGGCGCUCAAGGCCGGCCGGCUCGUCACCCUGCCCGACAUCACCAGCGUGGCCACCUGCCUGGGAGCCAAGACGGUGGCGGCGCGGGCGCUGGAAUGUGCCCGGGAGUGCCAGGUGAUCUCGCAGGUGGUGCGGGACGAGGAGGCCGUGAGGGCUGUGCAGCAGUUCCUGGACGAGGAGCGGGCGCUGGUGGAGCCGGCGUGCGGAGCCCCCCUGGCCGUGCUGUACUCGGGGCGGCUGCAGCGGCUGCAGAGCGAGGGGCGGCUGCCGAGCCCGCUGCGCCCCGUGCUGCUCGUGGUGUGCGGCGGCAGCAACAUCCACACGGGCCGGCUGCGGGCCCUGCAGAGCCAGCUGGGGCUGCACUGACCCCGGGCAGAGCCCGCCUGGCACGCCCGGCUCGCUUUCCUUCCCGAAGAACAGAAAUAAAGCUUGGCAACGCGGGGCUCCUCACGCAGCUUUUUACAGCACGCAGCGCCCAUGCAGGGAGGGGGAAACUGAGGCACGGGGGUGGUGCCUGUGCUGAGGGGAGACUGGAGCCCCCCACACAUCCCAUUUUUCCCCUGGGACGUGCCAGGUAUUCCCCUGUGUCCCUCUCUCCUCCCUCCCCAGGCUGCAGCUCCCCUCCUCAAUUAGCAAACGCUCCCUCUCUGACUAAUUACUGUGCUACUGUCUUUAUGCAUUAUUAUUGUAAUGAUUAUUAAUUAUUACAAUCCUCUCCCGUUCCUGCCACGUUGGCCGUGGCCAGGCGGGAACGGCGCUCUUGUUAGGGUGGUUUAUCCGCGGGAAUCCCCGGCCGGGUUCAACACCCGCGGGCUCCGAGGCGCUCUGACAUGCGGAGGGGAUGUACCCCAUCCUAGAGCCCCUAAGAUCCCCUUUUUCCCCCAUCCCACUCUUUUUCCCGUUCUCCCUUUCCCCCAGGAAAGAGAGAAAGGGAUUCUCUCUGUAGCGUUGUGUUUGCCUUUAGCCCUUUGCUGUGGCGCCUCCUGGGGUUCUUUUCGUGUCCUCCCAGCUUUUCUCCCCUUUCCUUCCUCCCAUUCCGGGUGAUUUUGCUGAUUUGCUGGUGCGGUCCCCCUGCUAAGCCUGUGCCCUGUGCUUUGGGCAGGGAGAGAAGCAUUUUUCUGCCCCCAGCCCCUCUCAUCCUCCUCCCUUUGCAGCAGAAGGGUGCCAGCCCCAGGAGCAGCUCACCCACAUCUCCCCACACGUCCUGACCUGAAACCCCUCCCUGCCUCAGCCCCUUGCCCUGCACCUUCCCAGGUGCUCGGUGGAGGCCAAACCCCCAUAAAUCACAGCUCUGCCACUCCAUCGUGAGCAAUACCUUAUGUAAAAAGGUGUUUCCAGGGAGCACCGGAGGUUGGAGAAUCCUAUUACGAGGCACACUAUUAAUUAUAGGGAGUCAGCCCAACCUACUCGGGCUAUUUUUUAUCCCGGGUCCAAAACCUGAUUACUUUCCACCUUCUGCAGACCUUCCCCCUUCCCAAAAAAAAAAAAAAAAAAAAAAAAAAAAAAAAAAAAAAAAGGCAAGAAGGUCAGGAAAAGAAAAGAAAAACAAAAUGGAAUAGCUUUUAAAAGGAAUUUAUUCCCAUUAUUCUGUUUGAGGGGGAGUCAGGGCAGUCAGGAGCUCCCCAUGGUGAUUCCUCAGCACAGAGGGGUCAUUGCUGAGGGUGGCACGGGCAGGCUGGAGGGUUUGGGGUGACCCAGCAAGGAGAUUUCCCCCUCCUUGCCUUCACCUGGGUGCCGGCUGGGGGCUUUGGAUGUGCCUGGGACACCCUCAAGGGUGAGCUGUGUCCCUCUGCAGCUGGGGACAGGCAGGAAUCCUGAGUGUGCUGCCUUCCUGUCACCUCUGGGGUGAGGGGGACCCCGGGCUGGGCUCCUGCACCCAGCUCGGAGCUGCCGAGGUGCUCUGUGCCAGGGAUUGUUCCUUGGGAUCUUCCCUGCUCGCAUGGCUGCUCCUGCUGAGUCCCAUCCUCUGGGAGCUUGGAGCAUCAUCCCCAUCCCUCCUGCAGCCUCUUCUGUCCAGGUCUCACAGAUGGUGUGUCCCAGCAGCCUAAAAACAGCCCUCAGCUCUGUGCCUUGAAUUCUGAAUUAAUAAUAAAAUAAUAAUAAUAAUAAUAGUAAUAAUA